AGCAGCCCUGCCAAGGUCUGGCAUCUGCAGGCGCAAGACGAAGGUGGGGGUGCAUGAAAAAAAAAUGAGAAAUUGCCGUGUAACUUCAGGAUCAAAUGCUACUUCCUCGAAAGGGCACAGAUCUUGGCAGAAUAUCUGCAUAACAGAUGUUGAAGAUGAUAAUGGACUAUUAGUUACCAAUAUCAACCAGACCUGGGAUUUGAUGAGACUUAAAAAUACAUCCAAGCUGUUUGUUGGGUUAAAAGCCACCGAUAACUGGGUUCAAGUCUAUGGUUUAGAAAGCAAACAUCUCACAUUGGAGGAUCUAACUAAGAAAGGCAAUAUCAUCCUAGAUGCAGGCGAUGGAACUGAACAUAUUGAAUUUACAAAGGAAGCCGUUCGUGAUUUUGAGUCCCAGUUGCAUGCAGCUAUUGAUCAUUUCAAUGAACGGAUUCAAUGGCUCUUACAUGGCAGCAGAAAGAUCUUCGGUAUUGUUGAAGGCAGCCAAACUGGAGUGCUGGUUGAUGUGUCUGACGUAAGUUAUGGACCAAGGCUACAUGACUUUCAGAGGGACCUUGUGUCCCUAAUAGAUGAGCAGCUGCGCUACAUGAAAAAAUUGUACCUAAUUUCAUUUGGUACCGAGGCUUCGUCUCUUUGGGAGAAACCACAAGAGAUCAGUGUGAAUGUUUUAAAUGAAGCAAAGCAGUGGGUGCAAGGGCUGAAACCCAGUGGUGGCUGCAAUCUGCUAAAAGCACUGAAGAAGGCUCUUGGAGUUAAAGAACUGGAUUCACUUGUGAUUAUUGUCGGAAGCUGCCCAGACCAGGCUUCAGAAAUAUUAUCCGAUUACGUUCAGCAGUGUACAGUGGGGAGAGCGAUCCUGGUCCAUACCGUUACCUAUGAUUGUAGCAGUCAAGUACCUCCGGCUGCCCUAAAGAACAUGGCAGAAGAAGUGGGAGGCCGUUACCACUGUUAUUCAGCAAAGAGUGAAAAUUGUGACAGCAGCGAUAUCAGCCUUGUUCUUCGCGAACGCCAAAAAGCUGAGGGAUUGCUCAGCAUCAUAAAUGAAAUCUAUGAGGGCAGGAUGGCCGACUCACUUUUUAAUUUAAUGAAAGAUGGUUCCGUGGAGUGUCUGAAAGUGUCCUCUACCUGCUCCUUGCCCAAGCCGCCAAAACACGAGAGUCAGCUUGUGAUACAAACCCCAAAUUUUUCAGCCAAGACCUCGUCCGAAUGGCUGAAAACGAACAGCCUGAAAGCCAAGAAACUGAACCUUUAUCAAGUGUUGGCACCAAACGCUUUUUCACCAGUGGAAGAGUAUGUGCCUGUUCUUCGGAAAACGGUGUCGUCCACUUUACAUGAGAAAGCAAUGAUGCAGUUUGAGUGGCAUGAUGGGACUAUUAAAAAUGUUCACGUAGAUCCACCAAUACUGUACGACUACCAGAAGCGACUUAGCCGGAUGGUGAGGAUGUACGAGCAACGCAUUGACUGGCUCUCCGCAGGAAGCAGAAGAAUUUGGGGAGCUGUGAGUGAGAAGAGGGUUGUUGUGCUUAUUGAUACCUCCAAGACCAACUCCAUGUACAUCAUUCAUAUCCAACAUUCCCUGCGACUCUUGCUUGAAGAGCAGAUGUUGAGCAAGGAGUUCUUCAACAUUAUUGCCUUUGGAAGUGAGGUGAAGGCCUGGCAAUCUGAAAUGGUUCCUCUCCACCCUGACAACUUACAAAGUGCCUGGAAGUGGAUACUGAACCUGCCCUGUGAAGGCACCAGAAACGUAAUGGCUGCACUUCGAAGAGCUGUGGAGGUGGACUUUAAAGAUAAAGAAAAACACGAGUCCCAAGGCCUUUACCUAUUCACAACUGGCAUUCCUGACCAAGAAAUGUAUGCAAUAUGUUCUUACAUGGCGGAAGUCUGCGGAGGGUGCGACUUGCAGCUGCAUGUCUGUCUGUUCAGCAUCAACGAUCUCCUGCUUGAAGACAACAUCCCACCACGCUACUCAAGUCCAAAUGAAACCGCUGCCGCUUUUAAGGAAAUUGUUUGGGCUGCCAAUGGCCGCUUCCAUUGGUUUGGAGAAACAGGCAUCUAUGAAAGUGAUGAUAUCAGCCUUCUGCUCUCUGAAAUGGAAAAAGCAGUCAACUAUUCUCACAAGUGUGCCUUGCUGGUGGAAUCCUUAAAGCAUCGAGCAGGAAGUCAGCUGGCUAACCGAUCGACUGCUGAAGAAGACCUAACGCUGUUGGAGAAACAGGAGAAGAAGAGAUUGCAAAAGCUACCAGCUCCAAAACCAACAGCCCUCAGUCUUGCCAGACUGAAUUUAAGAGACCACCAUGUUGGGGACCGAAGUGGCUCCAUGAAAGCCCUCCUGUGGCGCCCACCAAGCUCCAGAGCAGAGAUCCCACCAGUACAGUCCAUGACAGACAUUUUCGUUGCAACAAAGAAACACAAAAUGAAGCCGAAGAGAGAUCCAGAGACUUCACUGUCAUUGUUUUAUACAGACAGAGGAAAGAAUGUAGGUGCUGUUUAUAAGAAAUAUUCAAACCCCAAGUGUCCACGGAAGCUGGUCCCUAAGGUUCUUUUACCCCAUGAAGAGGAACUAUGCUCCAGCAAAGAGUGGCUGAGUAAAUUCAGCAUAAAGAAACUGAAGUUAGAGUUGCCCAGUCUGAUUUUUGGACCAGAGAGCAAACAUCAGAAGCAGAAAGUGGAAUGUUUGGGCAAGAAAGUGUCGGCCAAGUACUGUGACAUCUUUCCUCGCGUGGAAAUGCACGGUAUCGUGAAACACUUGCAGGUUUCGUCCAAGGAUUUAGAGGAUUACAUUGAGCAGAUGGAGAAAGUGUUGCGAUGCUAUGUCCGAAGAUUACAGUGGCUUCUUUCAGGAAGCCGGGGAUUGUUUGGUCUCAUCUUGGAAGCCAACGUUUGCCUCCUGAUCGAUACGUCUGGGUCCAUGGACCGUUCUUUGGAAGAGGUCAGGAAAGAACUUGCCUCCCUGAUCUGGGAGCAGCUGAGGAAGAAUAAUACCAGGUUCAACCUGAUCAGCUUUGCAGAAGAUGUUGAUGUUUGGCAAGAGAGCCUUGUGGAGGCCACCAAUGAAGCCUGCCACGAUGCUGUCCAGUGGCUGUCCACGUUUCGAGCUCAUGGGAAUACUUCCAUCCUCAAGGCUUUGCAGAGAGCGUUUGCUCUUCAAGAUGUAGAGGCUUUGUAUGUUCUGACAGACGGAAAACCGGACACGAGCUGCACUUUGGUACUCAAGGAAAUUGGAACGCUUAUGAAGAAGCGGGCAGUUAAAAUCCACACCAUUUCAUUUAACUGCUCAGACCGAAGAGCCAACGAUUUUCUUAAGAAAUUGGCAUUCCAGACGGGUGGGCGGUAUCAUCGGUGCCAGGGGUGUGUGGAUGGUCAGUUGGCAGCGCACCGCCUGCUCUCGGAAGGCUUUAGAGAUGAAGACGAUCCCGUUUUUCCUUUAUUUGAAGGAGAUGAUCUAAGGAAACUUGCAGAAGAAAUCACAAAAGGCAGAAGCUAUUUGGUGCAGGCCAGGUCCUUCAAAUCGUUAUUGGAAAACUGGACUUCAGAUAAAAAGGACAAUUCAUCCCAAAACAGCUGCCUCCUCGGAAGAUGUAUGUAUGUUUGGUUUUAGUUGUGAAACUAAAUGCUGAUAUAGAAAAGAGUAACUUUUCAAAGCUCUCUUGCAAGGGGCCAGUUUCUCUUUCAUCAAAAUAUUGACCUGAUCCUGCACUGAUCUUUGUGUUUGGUUUCAGAUUUUUAACCCAUCUCGGACUCCGCCUUUGGAAAGACUAGAUAAAGCAAAGUGUGCUGCUUAUAUACCGCCCCAUAGCACUUAAAGCUCUCUAUGGGGAGUUUACAGUUUCAUUAUGCAGGCUUCACAUGGCCACCCGGCAAGCUGGGUGCUCAGUUUUUA